CAGAAGUGGAGUUUAAAGGAUGUGCUCCUCCACCCCCCUCUGUGGUUGUCACGGGUGAUGGGUGCCAUGGGUGUCUUGGCAGCUGCCACCACUGUUUACAUAAUUUCAACAUGGCCGCAGGGAAAAAGAGACUAUGGCUGCAACGAUCUUCACUUCACACUCCUCCAAUUAGAAAAGCCCCUGCUCCGCCGCUUAGCACGGCUCUCAGGGAACAGGAAUAUUCGUGCUUAACUUUUCAGCCCGCGGGGAUCGGCAGGCUGAGUCACCAAAGAAAGAUGCCACAGUGGAGGUACAAGCAUUUCUUGAGGGACUUGACAGAGAACACCGGUCCAGACAACCCAGAGUUUCAGCAGCUUUCAAAGGCAGUGAAAGCUAUCUCAGAGGUCGCCCAGCGGAUCCAGGACAACGCCCGCAGCCAUGAGAACCACCUGCAGCUGCGCAGAGUCCAGAAACAGCUGAAGGGCCGAAAGACCAGAAUCCUGACUCCAGGGAGGUGGUACAUUCGGGAAGGCUGGCUGAAGACAGUGCCCCCUAAAGGCACGGAGGCAAAACCCAAGAUGUUUUACCUGUUCUCUGACAUCCUGCUCCAGGCCAAACCAUGCAGUCCCAUACAUCCUAUCAAUGGGGAUAAGUUUGCCUGCCAGCGAAUCUACCCAUUAAAGGAGUGCACAGUGGACAAAGUCUUCGGCCACACCAAAAGCCAGGGAGGCCUUAUUAGUUUGACCUUCGCCAGGGCCAAACUACUUCUAAUGUCCGAUGAUCAGGUGGACAUUAAUGAUUGGUUCCGUAGCCUCUGCCUGGCUAUUGGGACCUGAGGGCAGGGCGAUGGUUGACAUGGGGCGAGCUCGUCACAGGGGACAGUCCCAACUCUCAAGGCUAGGCUAAUUAGUUUAGCACUGUUUGAGUGAUUGGGAGGGACAAACUGUCACCUCGUGCCAUCUUCAUAGUGGGGAGCUCCUCACAUGUGGCCUUCUGCCCAACCUACAGGCCCAGGGGAGCACAAUUAGAGACCGAGCUGGACCGGUUGUGGUAGCUGAGGUCAGAGGUGAUUACUACUGUAUGAGGGGGUAUGCUAUG